AUUCAGCAACAGUUUUUAUCGCACACAUUUCAUCUGCAAUUGUUCGAAAACAUUUCACUUGUUUUCUAUUUCUAAAAUAUCGUUUCGCUGUAAACAUAAAUAAUUUGAAAGACUUCAAUGUGAUUUUAUUCGAAAAUUAAUUUCUCAAAAAUAUGACAGUUUCAUAUGCAUUGUCUGUUUCAUCUGCUCGAUAUUCGGCGUUUUUAAAAUUACUUCAAAAAUGGAAAGGAUCAGUUUUAAAAGCUGUGUGGGCUGAGCUUCUUGUAUGGAUUGGAUUGUACACAGCUAUUGCACUUAUUAUCAAUUUAUCUUUUUCUCCAGAAACUAAGACAGCAAUAAGUAUAGAAGCCGCUCGUCUAGAUGAUCAACUCGGAAUUCUUGAUAUAAAGUUUAUGCUCGGAUUUUUUGUUACAAUUGUUGUCGAUCGAUGGAAAACUAUUUUACAAAAUAUUGGUUUCAUUGAAACUGUUGCCCUCUCAGUUUCUACAAUUAUUCGUGGAUCAGAUGACAAUGUUCGUUUGGCACGAAGAUCUAUUAUUCGAUAUUUGGUAUUGUCGCAGGCAAUGGUGUACAGAGACAUUUCUAUGAGAGUUCGUCGACGGUUUCCUACCAUGAAAAGUUUGAUGGAAGCAGGUUUCAUUUUUGAAAAUGAGCUUCAUGAGUUGGAACAGACUGAGACUGGAUAUAACAAGUAUUGGGUACCUAUCAAUUGGUGUAAUUCAAUUGUAUGGCGGAUGCAAGAGCAAAAAUAUAUCGAAGCCCCCGUUUCUACCAAUAAUGUUUUGAAUAAUAUUCGAGAUUUUCGAACCCAACUCGAAAAUCUGUGUAAGUUCGACUGGGUUCCAAUUCCUAUUUCUUAUCCACAGAUCGUUUUCCUUGCUGUUCGAAUUCAUUUCUUCUUCACUUUGUUCACAAGACAGUACAUUCCAAUGGAAACUGAAGAAUAUUUGUGGUAUCGUCAUAUUCCCUUGAUUCCUGCUACAUCGUUUUUCCUUUAUCUCGGCUGGAUGAAAGUAGCUGAAGCCCUUCUGAAUCCGUUCGGUGAAGAUGAUGACGAUUUUGAGGGAAAUUGGGUCAUUGAUAAAAACAUCAAGACUGGAAUGCAAAUUGUAGAUGAAAGCCAUGCAGAAUGCCCAAUACUGAAUAUUGAUCAGUUUUCGGACCCCAAAUUUGGUCCAAUGUACCCAAGUGUUCUUGCUGAGCAUCCACAUAUUCUUCAAGGUUCUGCUGCUGAUGUUGUGAUACCAGACUCUGAUAAAUCAAAAAUGGUUCACGUCGAUAGCAAAACCAGUGUUGCAUCGGGAGCCUCAGGAUCAAAUGAUCAGAGAAGAGAAUCGUCAAUUCGAAGAAGAUUCCGUAGAUUGAGUACUCGAUUGAAGCUUGGUAGAAGUAUCUCACAUCCAAAAGGACAAACAGUCAAAUCACCGGGUGGAGAGAGUACGCAAAGUGCUUUCAGCAAUCUUGAGUUCGUUACCGAGGAAAAUGAAGAUCCGAGAGCAGACAUGAGAAUUGAUAUGGAAGAAGAAAAACCAAAUAAAAAAUAAUUAUUAAUGAUUUUUACACGAGUCGAGUUCUUUUGUAUUUUUGUUCUAAAAAUCUUUAGAAUGGUUUAAAAAAUUUUUUCAAGAAACCUGUAUUGAACCAUUAAGUAUUUCUUUUAAAAACUGAAAACGUUUUAUUUCUAAAUAAAAAUUGAUUUUAUUUA